AUGGCCACCAAGGAGCCUUUGAGCGCGAAAAAGUAUGUCGACGGCAUCUACAUCCCCGCCGGCCUGCUCGUCGUCGGCGUUGCCAUUGUUAAGAGGGAAUGGCUCCCGUACGCGGUCCUGGUCACCCUCGCGCUGAGCGCCAUCAAGUUCUGGAGGACCCAACCCCAGAAGGCCCUCAAGCCUGACAUUUUCCAAGAGUUCGAGCUCAAGGAGAAGACCAUCCUGUCCCACAACACCGCCAUCUACCGCUUCACCCUGCCGAGCCCGUCGCACAUCCUCGGCCUCCCCAUCGGCCAGCACAUCUCCAUCGGCGCGGUGCUGCCCCAGCCCGACGGCACGAGCAAGGAGAUCGUGCGCUCCUACACGCCCAUCAGCGGCGACGAGCAGGCUGGCUACUUCGACCUGCUGAUCAAGUCGUACCCGACCGGCAACAUCAGCAAGCACCUGGCCUCGGUCAACGUCGGCCAGACCAUCCGCGUGCGCGGGCCCAAGGGCGCCUUCACCUACACCCCCAACAUGGUGCGCCACUUCGGCAUGGUCGCCGGCGGCACCGGCAUCACCCCGAUGCUGCAGGUCGUCAAGGCCAUCAUCCGCGGCCGCAAGGCCGGCGACCGCACCGAGGUCGACCUCAUCUUCGCCAACGUCACCAAGCAGGACAUCCUGCUCAAGGAGGACCUCGACGCCCUCGCCGCAGAGGACAAGGGCUUCAGGGUCCACUACGUCCUGGACAAGCCCCCCGAGGGCUGGACCGGCGGCGUCGGCUACGUCACCGCCGACAUGAUCACGAAAUGGCUCCCCAAGCCCGCCGACGACGUCAAGAUCCUGCUCUGCGGCCCUCCCCCCAUGGUCAGCGGCCUGAAGAAGACCACCGAGGCCAUCGGCUUCAAGAAGGCCAGGCCCGUGAGCAAGCUCGAGGACCAGGUCUUCGCGUUCUAA